UCCUUAUUACCAUGCAGGCUUCUCUGCAGAAUGUCAAGCAAAGAUCGACACAUUGAUUCCAGCUGCUCGUCAUACAUCAAGACGGAACCCUCAAGUCCAGCUUCCCUGACGGACAGUAUCAACCACCACAGCCCAGGUGGCUCCUCCGACGCCAGCGGAAGCUACAGUUCCACCAUGAACGGGCACCAGAAUGGACUGGACUCACCACCCUUGUACCCUUCGGCUACAGGCCUUGGUGGCAAUGGGCCUGUCAGGAAACGUUACGAUGACUGCUCCAGCACCAUCGCUGAAGAUUCACAGACCAAAUGUGAAUACAUGCUCAAUGCAAUGCCCAAAAGACUGUGUCUGGUGUGUGGAGACAUAGCAUCAGGCUACCAUUAUGGGGUGGCUUCAUGUGAGGCCUGUAAGGCUUUUUUCAAAAGGACAAUUCAAGGAAACAUAGAAUACAGCUGCCCGGCCACUAACGAAUGUGAAAUCACAAAGCGCAGACGCAAGUCGUGCCAAGCUUGCCGCUUCAUGAAGUGUUUAAAAGUCGGGAUGCUGAAAGAAGGU